CUCUGACCGUCUGAUGUCACUGGCAACAUGGCUGCGCUCAGUGUGGAAGCGGCAUGUCGAGCUGCGGCAUUGAGCAGGGCACUGCGGGGAGCAUGGCGUGUCCCUCGGCUGUCAGUGAGGAAGGUGAGGCCAUGUCUGCUUUAUGGCUAACGUUACUAUAGCAGUGCUGUGGGUCUAGGUGGGAACCAUGUCAUAUUGGUGACCUCUAAGGGCAGGUUUCAUCAGAGCUCGUCUAGCAAUGUCUGCAUACCAUAGACAUAGAGAGGGGCUCUUUACCCGGAGACCAGUUUGAAAACGUCUGCCUUGAAAGUAAUAGCAGGGUGGAAAGUGAAUACAAACUGUGUUAUGUCUCGUGUGUUUGGAUCUCUGUCUGUUACUGAUGUCCCAUGCUGGGAAUUAGAUUCCAGGCUGGGAUCCCCUGUGAAUGGAGUUUAAUGUGUAUACUUAUUGUUAUUGGUUGCAACAUUGUGGCAUUUUAUUAGUUUUAAUUGUAACUGCUGUCAGGACGAUUUGGGAGUGGUAAAUGUGUCUAUCAGUGCUUAUAGUAUUCUGUUUCACUUGUGCUUAAUUAUUUGUUUAUGCACAAUAAUUAUAAUGUGGUCUUCUUGGGGUAAACAGAGCCCAUGGUCAACUAUAAUGGUGUUCAGCUUUGUUUACUGCUGCCAUGGUUUGUAAUGAAUGUCACUGUCUUCUGGGGAUUAGGGAAGACCAGGGGUAGGGAUGAAUGUUGAAGUGACUAUUUAUUUCUUCAAUCAGAUCAAGGGUUAGCAGUUGGGGCCAGUACAUUGUAACCUGAGAUCUUGAAUCUAUAGUUGUGGAUCUUUGGUUUAGGGGUGAGUGUUGAUGCAAUUAGUUAUUUGGUAAGUUACUGCUUAGCUGUCAUAAUUUGUCUUUAAACCUUUUGUAGAAAUGAUUUUGUAUUAUACCAUUAUAAUAAUAAAAUAAUUGUAAGGUGAACUGUCUCCGGUUUAAUAGGUUAAUCUCAGGCUUGACAAAUUUGCUUUCAAUCUACGAGCCAGGUUUUUUUUGUUUUGAUUUUUUAAACUAACAAAGCUUUUCAAUGACAAAAAUACAAUUCUUAAAGUGACAGUAUAGUCACCAGAACUACUACAACAUGCACAGUAGCCUCCUAAUGCUUUCCUGCUGGAAACCCUGGAUUGACUGAGAUAAUCAAGAUUGAUUGAUUUAUAUCAGCCAUGGAUGCAAGGCUAGACCGGCACAGCAUGGGGAAAAAGGUGAGUACAGAAACACUAUAGCGGUAGGAAUACAGAUUUGUAUUCCUAAUGCUAUAGGGUUCCUUUAAAGGACCACUCUAGGCACCCAGACCACUUCAGCUUAAUGAAGUGGUCUGGGUGCCAGGUCCAGCUAUGGUUAACCCAUUUUUUCAUAAACAUAGCAGUUUCAGAGAAACUGCUAUGUUUAUGAAUGGGUUAAGCCUUCCCCCUAAUCCUCUAGUGGCUGUCUCAUUGACAGCUACUAGAGGCGCUUGCGUGCUUCUCACUGUGAUUUUCACAGUGAGAGCACGCCAGCGUCCAUAGGAAAGCAUUAUGAAUGCUUUCCUAUGUGACCGGCUGAAUGCGCGCGUAUUCAGCCCAGGAGGAGGAACGGAGGAGGAGAGCUCCCUGCCCAGCGCUGGAAAAAGGUAUGUUUUAACCCCUUUCCCCCUUCCAGAGCCGGGCGGGAGUGGGACCCUGAGGGUGGGGGCACCCUCAGGGCACUAUAGUGCCAGGAAAACAAGUAUGUUUUCCUGGCACUAUAGUGGUCCUUUAACUAAAGUGUUUAAACAAAAUAUCUAAAAAUAUAAAAACUUAAACUGCUGUGGUUUGCCCUUUUACAUGGGUCGCCACCAGACACCAAGCUAUCUCUGGGUGAUUUGCAUUUGGAUUCUACAGAGCUGCAGAUGCCAAUCCACUGAUCAUUCACUGGCUGAGGGGUGUGAUGCUAAAGUGCUAUCCCAAAAAGUAGAAACUCCUACACAAGCAGCGUAGCUUAAUGUCCCUGUAGAAAGAUAGUGGGAGCUCAUUUCCCCAGUUGCCAAAAGAUUCACAUGCAGGCAUGCCCAAGGGAGCCCACCAAGCGGCCACCAGGUGGGUAGAUGAACAGGUAUAUAACACCUUCCAGAACAGUCACUCCUGGUGCCAGUAUCAUGUAUUUGAAGGUAGUGUAGACGGGCGAAUCCUGGAGAAGGCUGACUUCUUGAAUCCAGUGUGCUCUAGCAAGAUGGGUUCCUUCAGCAUGGAGUUAGGCUCUGUUACCAUCCCUGUCAAGGGAGGAUGCUGGAGAAAUCCCUGUAGGGGGUUGUUUGCUGUUCUGUUUCCAACUUGGCAUAGAAGUUAAUGCAGAGCAAGUCAAAGGUGACUAGAAAGUCCAUUCGUGGUUCUGAUGACCUUCCUCACUCUGUGGUCUCUGCCAUUUUAUGCUCCACAGUCAUAUCACAAAAGUAAGAUGAGAAGGGUGUACUCUUCAGACCUACCAGGUCCUGCUAAUCAAGGUAUGCCAAAAGGGGCGUGGGGGGAAUGGGAGCUCGCAAAGCUGAACUCUAGGUGGCUGGUGUGCUACUUGACAUCCAGAUUAGGCCUCAAUCACAGGAGCUGCAGUCUCCUUUUGGAGGGGAUGGAACUGUUAAAAAAAAAUAGCACCAACCACUGUACAAAAGCCAGGACCUCAGCCAGAAGGCAAAUAUUGUGAGUAACAGUGCCAGUAAAUUGCCGUGUGGACAAAAUAUCAGAGGAGCUACUGAGUCAGUCAGGUCCCGCCCCCUAAAUCAUCAAUUUUUAUCCACCCUGGUAGGAAGUACUAUUUUACCUUGACAUGUUGUGUAUGUUACUUGUUUAGCAGAAAAAAAACAUGACGUUGUGUUAUCCUGAUAGGCAAUGAUAAUACAUAUUUGUUUUCUUUCCGUGUUGUCUUGCAGUAUCACAGAUGUCCAGUUUCACCCUGCCAGCACAGGUUCCUGUCCCCUGGAACAUAUAAAUUACUUAUACUGACCAACGCUCGCUACCAAAGUACAGUAACUACAGCUGACAGCCAGGUGAUCAUAUAUAGCUUACUUUGAUAAUAGAACAACAUAAUUUCACUAAAUCUUUUUGCUCUACUGAUGUUUCUUACCCUGGAUUCUAUGUUACAUAGUUACCUAGCUGAAAAGAGACUUGCGUCCAUCAAGUUCAGCCUUCCUCACAUUUGUUUUUUGAUGUUGAUCCAAAAGAAGGCAAAAAAAAAAAAAACACUUUGAACCUCUUCAAAUUUUGCAACUAACUAGGAAAAAAAUCCUUCUUGACCCCAGAUUGGCAGUCAGAUUUAUCCUUGGAUCAAGAAGUUGGUACCCUAGAUUGAAAAAAUAUAUUCUGUUUUUGCAAGUAUGCAUUUGAACGUCUGUAUGGACCCUGAUAAAACCACUUGUUCAGGCAGAGAAUUCCACAUCCUUAUUGUUCUUACAGUAAAAAAACAUUUUCUUUGCCUUAGACAAAAUCUUUUUUCUUCCAGUCUAAACGCAUGACCUCUUAUCCUAUGUAAAGUCCGGUUUAUGAAUAGAUUUCCACACAAUGGUUUGUAUUGGCCCCGAAAAUAUUUGUAUAAUGUUAUCAUAUCCCCUCUCAUGCGACAUUUUUCUAAACCUAAGUGGUUUUAAUUGUUAACCUUUCUUCAUAGCUGAUAUGUUCCAUUCCUUUUAUUAAUUUUGUAGCCCGCUUUUGUACUUUUUCUAGUGCCAUAAUAUCUUCCUUUAGAACGGGUGUCCAAAAUUGCACAGCAUAUUCAAUAUGUGGUCUUACCAGUGAUUUAUAAAGAGGCAAAAUGAUAUUCUCAUCCCGAGAAUGAAUGCCCUUUUUCAUGCAUGACAAACCUUACUGGCCUUAGCCACUGCUGAUCGACAUUAAUACGGGACUGUCACAGUUCCUCAUUCCCUUGAAUAACUUAGUGGUAAAUAAUACAGUAGGGUAAUUAUAAAGUGCACUUCGACAGCAUUUGGAUGUUCAGGGCAACAUCAUCGCACAGUGUAAGAAAUGAUGACCCUCUUACAAGGUUAUUCUUUAAGGAAUUUGUGACAAAUAAGACACAAAUACAAGUGUAUACUUUUUUUUAAUUAAUAUUGACUUGGGUUAUUAUUAGAGAUUAUAAAAUGCACAAUACACUUGCAACAUGCACAAUGUAUACUUACUUCUGUCUUUUCUUUUUAGAUCCUGGUUGCCCAUGAUGUACAAUCUUCUAUCCCUACUAUUGCAGAAACAGUCCUGCCUUUACCCCUUCCCGAUGUCCCACCUACAUUCUCAGAGGCAUUGGGCCAGGUGGAGCAGAGUCUGUCAGAAUUGGGCCUUGGUGCCAGCACUCCUGUUGGGAUGGUACAAAAUUUCCUGGAGUUCUUACAUGUUGGUGUUGGCUUACCCUGGUGGGGGGCAAUUGUCACAGGUGAGAACCAACUAUUCAAAUAUAGACUUUGAUGAUUUGCUUACUUAUAUAGCGCCAUCUUCCAAAAUGUAAGGUUAAAACAUGUAUAAUUCAUGAUUUAUUAAUUCCUGUAAUCUUUCUGUCUUUAAAUUAAUUUUCACAUUUUCUAUUUUACUCUCUUCAGGCACAGUGAUUGCCCGUGUUCUUGUCUUUCCUCUGAUGGCCAAGGGUUUGAGAGAAGCUGCAAAACUUAAUAACCACAUGCCACAGAUCAACGCUUUCACAACUCGAAUGAAUGAAGCCAAACAAUCAGGAAACAAGUUUGAAUGUAAGGACACUGAUAAUCUGAUGGUCUAUUACUUUUAUAGGAACAAAAUGGAUCACUAGUUCCAGUAAUUUGUUGAAAAUCUAUUAAAAUUCCCCAAAUUACAACUUGGAUGUUUGCUAAAAUAAAUAUAGAGGUUAAUUUGGGGAAUAAUCCUGAAUGUGCUGAUCUUUUUGGAGCAAAUUGCCUGCAAAGUGACACAUUUAGUUGCACAAAAAUAUUAACCAUUAAGGACCCAGUGACUUGUCCCUAUGUUUAUAAAAGAGUAGUAAGCAUCCCUACUCUGUACCAUGUGGGAGUUAAUUAAGUAAAGAGCUGUAUAUAUGUUUUUAGUGCCCUCCUAUAUAUUCUAUUGGAUUUAUUUUAUAUAUAUAUAUAUAUCUCCAAAGGGGUUUGCACUCCAGGUAAUGUCAAUGUUUUUUUUAGGCCUGGUGCUGGUCCAGCAAAAAUACAGAAUGGUGACCGCACUCACAGGACUUGAAAAUAGUAAUACUUAACUUCUUUUGCUUCAUCAUAAAAAGAAUAAUCGACGUUUCAGUCCCACCAAGGGGCUUUUCAUCGGGACAAUUGAAAAAAAAUAUAUAUAUAUAACUUGUUGAAACUGAAACAUCGAAAAUUAUUUUUAUGAUGAAUCAUUAAGUGCGGUCACCAUUCUGUAUUUUUUUAUAUAUAUUUUUUUUUAUUUUUUUUAUCGUGUGCCAUUCACCUACAUUUUUAUUCCCUGUUCUUGCUAAAAAAAUAUAAACAAAAAAGAAAAAUAUCAAUAAAAAUAGAAAAAAUGCAUUACUAAAAUCCCAUUUCAUUGCUUUUUGAGUGUGGAUUCUGUUUGUAUAUUUUUUGUUCUACUUUUUUGUGCAAAUCCUAGUAGACUGGACUUGCUUGAAUAUAGCACCUAUUUGCAUCAAAAACAUAUGAUGGUGCCAUUUAGUAUAUAUUGUUUUGUAUAUCUAUUUUGUUUACAUCUUACUGUUUUUCCACUGGUGAGCAUUUACUAAUCAGAGGAAUAGCCAGGAAUCCGUUGGAUGCAUUUCAAUUUUAGGGCCUUUUAAACUGACUCUGAAUUUGAACUUUCUAAAUCAGGAGACCGCUUGAGGAUAUAACCUAGGAAACUACCUUCAAAUAAUUGCCAUAGCAAGCUUUUUCAUACUGACAACCACUAAAGGUGGACAUUACCCUUUAAUGUAAGCAUUGCAGUUUCUAAAAACAGUCUAGUGUUUUACAUAACCGGGUUAAAACACUAGACAGGGACACUGCACAAAACUAUUUAAUUGAGAUGAAGUGGUCUUGGUGACUAUAGUGUUCCUUCAACAAAUUCCUAGUUAAGGAAAUAACUCUGUUACAUAGCUUUUGUGUUGACUCAAGUCAUGUCAUUUUCAACAUGUCCAUAAACUGAUGACAGAAUAGUAAGCGGAAAUGAAUAUUUAUGUAUUGCAUAUAUGGGUAGUACUCAUUGUUUUCUCAUGUUUUGUUUCUCUCAGUCUCCAAAGCUUAUUCCGAUCUAACAUUAUAUCAGAAAAAGCAUGAUGUCAAUCCUCUCCGGGGCUUUCUGGUGCCUUUAGUACAAGUACGUGUUUUUCAGAAACCUGUUCUUCAUUUUUAAACUCCAAUUUCUGCUGUACUACUAAAUAUAAGCAUAGCAUGUCACUACACCCAUUGUACAACUCAACAGUUUUUUAAGCAGUUUAUACACCUAAUUAAAAAUGUAACAUUUGUUGUUUCUUUCUCAAGCAGUUAAACAGCUAAGUCUUUGUCUUUUUCAGGCACCAGUAUUCAUCUCAUUUUUUAUGGCUCUACGGCAGAUGUCGUAUCUUCCUGUUCCUAGCUUGCAAACCGGUGGAUUGUGGUGGUUUACAGAUCUGACUGCAGCCGAUCCUUUCUACAUCUUGCCUGUGUUUGUCACAUGCACCAUGUGGGCAGUUUUAGAGGUGACUCCUAAGUAUACCUUUUAUCCAGCCUCUCUGAGCCAGCUUAAUUUAUUUUUAUCUUUUAUUAUCCAUGUGCUCUGUUUGCUUUUUACGUAUAAUAAUUUACUUCUCUUUUUCGUUCUCAUUUCACUAAAACUUGUUUUAAUUUUCGUAGCUGGGAGCAGAAUCUGGUGUAAAUAACCCAAACCUCAGAAUUAUGAAGACUGUUUUCCGUGUUAUGCCUCUGGUUAUUUUACCACUUACCAUGAACUUCCCCACUGUAAGUAUCUGUGGUGUGGCCAAGUUAGUUCACUAGUAUGGAGUAGACAAAUUCGCAAGAAAUGCAUAACAAUAUACUACCAUCACUGACCCAAAAAAAUAUAGAAGGUUGUCUUUUGCUACCAGAGAACUUAAUUUGUUCAAACAAAGCUCUACAAGUUCUAAACUUGGUGUAGUGAGAUAUUGCACCAUGGUUCAAAAAUGUUGAAGUUUGAUAAAUGUAAGAAAAAUAUACAGUUUCCAAGUACUGUAGAACUAUUUUAGAUUCCUUAACUGAAACCAAGGAGAGUAAUCAUUGACCUAAUGACUCUCACAAGAUGGCUGCUCACACCCUUACUCUUCCCCACUGUGUUUAACAUCUUGGUUUUAUGCAAACCUAAGCAUACCAAAAUAGAAAAUAAUGUGCAGUUUCUCAUUGGACAUGAUUCAUUUCUAUUGCUUAGGAAGCGGAUCUGUUAUUCAUAAAUUAUGUGGAUAACAAAUUCACCUUCAGAUUGGUAUAGAAUUAAUCUGUACAUUGUAAUGGCAAAAUCCCCAGCAAAAGUGUAAUUGAAGACAUGUACAGUUAUACUCUUGCUAAUAAAAUGUAUAGAUUAAAUUGUAGUUGUAGCAUGUAAAUUGUUUUGUGGCAUUAAUAAUGCUGUAGAGAAUUAGACUCAUCAAUGUCAGUGUGUCAUUCAAUCCUUGUUGGUGAUAUUUAGUUUUUCACUCUUCCUUCUUACACUGAUGUUUGGACUUUUGUGUUGUAUGCUGUUAUUCACAAUUUUGCUUAUAAUUAUUUUUAUACAAUCAGUGCAAGUAAAGCAAAAGAACUCAAAAUAGAUUUAAAUAUCAGUCUCGAUUGUUAAGUGCCUCAUAUGUCUAGAAUCUGAAUGCAUUUUUUUGUAGUGAAUGCUACCCCUAUACCUACCUACCUACCGUUAACCCUAUUCUUCCACAAAUGCUAAUCCUAUACUUACCCUAAACAUAACAUAAAACAUCAUUAAGCUUUACCUUAUUCUAGCCCUCUGCCAAUAUCCGUUCUGAGUUUCCAAGUUCAAGUUACAAAAGUAGAGGGUUGUCUGUGACCGCCAUCUACUGACUGUUUUCAGUGUUGCAGAGAGAUUUCCUUGUAAUACUGAAAUCAAGCAUACUUUCCCAAUCAAUCACACUGUGAUCGUUGUUGAGCAGCUGUCAAAGCCCAGCACUGAUCACAAUUGGCUUUCUGAAAUACAAGAAUCACCUCAUCUGAGCACACUCGCUCAGCCACUUCAUUGUCAAAGAAUUUAAAGGGCUGGAGAGCCAGGUAUCAAUUGUUAUUUGGGUCUCCCUGUUGUGAGCUGGGAUUUAACCCUGCUCACACCCAAACUUUCCAGCAAGGCAGUUAAAUGCCAAUUACAAUGGCUGUGUGUUCAGCUGCAAUGUUUUUAAAGAAGUUACAGAGCUGAAUGCAGCGCUCACAGGUCAUCCGUUAGGGCCGUUUUUAGUGGCACCUGACUAUCUGGCAGAGUGGACUCCAAGGUAUCAAUUGAUACCUAUGUCUCCCUGGUGGGAGCAGGGAUUUAACCUUUUUAAAUUUUAGUGUGGCAGUUGACAUGUUUUGAAAUGUGCACAAAAUUUUGUACGCCCUAUCCUCUGCCAGAGUUUAUUAAAUAUGUUUAAAAGGGACACUCUUAGCACCAAAACAACUUUAUCUUAAGUGGUUUUGCUGAAGUGCUUAAUGGGUGUGAAUUGGUCAGUUUAAGCUAAUGUUGUUUUGGUGCUUAGAGGCUUUUGAAGCAAUUAAAAGCGGUCACAUGUUUUGGGAGUUUGCAGUGGACAUCAUGAUAGAGCACAGAUGUGUUAAAGUGGCACUUUCAUGGCCGAAUCCAGUUUCUUUUUUCUUUCUAAACUCCCCUCCUCCCGACUCCACUACAUCUAAUUGUCCUCAAAGUCACCCCCAAAUGUCUCUAAACCCCCCAUAUUACCUAUUUUUUUUUUUUUUCCUUCAUCUUUAUUUUGUGCCCGGACCUAGGUCCUGGGUGCCGCCAUCUUUGUGUGGGUAGAUGACGUCCCUGUGGUACACGUCAUCUGCCCACAUUAGAUAGCGCUGUAAAAUUCCCCUGUAUGCCCAGUUAAACACUUGGGCAUUCACUAUGGGAAUUUUGUCUUCAUUCGUCAGAAAGACGAAGGAUUGAAUACAAAUUUCGGACAAACAAACACCGAAUAUCGGUGUUCGUUUGUUCAGUUUAUUACAAGGAGGGAGCUAACGGUGUGCAGCUCCCACCUUGUAAAAUGUAAAAAUAGAAGGGGCAGGGAGCAGUUCUCCCCGCCACUUCCUUAGCCCUGCAUGAUUGAAAUCUCCCAAAUACGCAUACUCGCUAUAACGCCUAUGACUGCUCACUGUUCCAAAAAAAAAAAAACUCUUCCAACAAGUGGCUUCAUGGUGGGGCAUCUAUUAACUAGCGGAGGGGCUAUGCAAAUAAACAAGGGACAUAGGGUCCCCCUUCGCCACCACCCAUGAGUUGCGGAUGGGGGCCUUAAAAGACGAUGGGGGGGACACCUAUGAGCGGUGGUUGGGGUCCUAAAUUAAAAGAGGGGGGGGGGGGUCCGGACCUUUGCUUGGAAUCCAACCAAUCAUGGUGCUCUGGGUCAUUUUACACAGCGUGGGAAAGUUCUUUGGAAUUUUCCCACGCUGUGUAAACUGACUGAGCACUGACUUACCUGUCAGUCUCUUCAUUUACCUGUCAGAGUACUCUGGUUGGCUUAAACCAACCAACCAGAGCGCUCUAAGUCAAAUUGCAGGGUGUGGGAAGGCUUUAUAAGUAUCCUUUGUCCGUCCGUCCCCCGCCCGUUGUUCAUAGGUGGGGGCCGGGGGUACCCUAUGUCCCCGUUUAUUUAAAUAGCCCUCACUCGCAGGGAUUCGGGGGACACUAUGUCCCCCCCUGCUAGUUAUUUUUUUUUACGAGCAACCACUGGCUGCUCACUGUUUAGUAGACAUGCCCCUACUCAGCAUAGCGAGUAGGGGCAGAUUAAUCACUAAUACUUAGUAUUAGUAAAGCUGGCUGAAAGACCAAUUUAGGUCCUUCAGCCUUUUGGUAGAUGGCAACCUAAUUCCAACGAUAUUAGGGAGCUAUCUACUAAGCGACUGCAAGAUGCAGCUGCGGCACAGAUCGGAAUUUCAUUUUAAUGAAAUUUCGGGCGGACCUAAAAGGUACAGAAUGCCAUCUUAACAUAAACAAACUGUUCUCAUUCUGUUAGGACGAAAUUCGGUACUUUCUCCAGCGUUCUGUCUAAAUGACAGGACUUCAGGAAUACUGAAAGGAAGCAUCGCAAGAUCACGGAGGAAAGGCGAGAAUUGUGGAACAUUUGCUCUGACCACAGGAAAUAGAGCACACUUUGCUCUUGCUCUGGUCAGGCAUAGGAAAAAUACAUAAGACAAAAGUAGUCCUUAUUUUGUCUUAUGUUUAAAAAACAAACAAAAAACUAGAUCUAGACUAGAUAGGAAGGAAGAAAAUGGAGAAAAGAUCCUGAGAGAGGGAGAGAAGAGGAAGCGUUUAAAGAAGUUCAGCAUGACAGUGCCAUUUUAACACCUACUGCAGUCAUCUUUUAAGUCUCAUAUCUCUGUGCUGACGUCUCAAUUUGCAAAUGUGUAAAAUAUAUAAUUAUUUGCAUGAGGUAACUUUUGUGGUUUGUUUGUUUUUUUUGUAUACAAAUACAUGUAGGAUCUAAUAGAUGGGUUUCUAUUUCAUUCAAAAAAAAAAAAAAAGUUGCUUGACUUGUGUAUAUUUUUAUUUUAAAGGUGGGCACAUUCUGAAUGCCAGACUUGUUCCAGGGUUCUCCAUCACCCACAAAGUUUAUUUCAGAUUUUCUGAUUAUCCUGUUACUUCUCAAUGAUCUAUCUAAAGUUUUCUCUAUUCCUCCCAAAGGCCGUGUUCAUGUAUUGGGUGACAUCAAAUAUUUUCUCUCUGGCCCAAGUUAGCUUCUUGAGAAUCCCAUAUGUGCGAAACAAGCUACGGAUACCUGAAAGGAUCAAGCAUGACCCAUCAAGCCUUCCCCAACAGGAAGGAUUCUUAAAAAGCUUGAAAUCAGGUACAGGAAAAUCUUCCACCACCUUUAGAAAUUGUGACCAGCAUAGAAAUAUGUUUAUGGGGCUUAAAAAGGUCAAUGCCACUGCAACCCUUGAGGGUCCAUGUCACAUACCCCAAGGGUGAAUUUCUACUGGCCAGGGAUACAUUCACUGGCUCAUGGAGAGUGGGAAUUUUGAGAUAUGUAUAAAUAACAUUGUCAUUUAAAGAAAGUAAACCCUUAAAGGAACACUCAGAAAACCAAGACCACUACAGCAUACUGUAGUGGUUCUGCUGCCAGGAGUAGCCUGGCACCAUUCCAUUGCAAGUGUUCAAAAAUUUUUGAACAGUAAGACUUGCCUAUGGUCUGCCAUAAAAAGGGUCAGUUUAAACACUAUAAGCACAUUACAUCAUUGAAAAAUGCAUGGUUCUUAGAACCCCUGAGAUCACUCUUAUUGCUUAAAGUGAGUUAUAGGUGUAGUGGUUUGUUUAAAAAAAAAAAAAAAAAAAUAGCUGCCUCUGUAAGACAGCCCACCAUGUUUUAGGUUCCUACUAUCAAUUAUGUUCCUUUUGUGCAAAGCCUCAAUCUUCCCUCUGUGAAGAUAGCUGGUACUAGAACAGUGUGGUCACUGUUUAGUGAACCAGUCUGUGUAUAAGCUAAUAGUAGCCACUGUAUAUCUUUGGGGAUAAGCUACUUAUGCCACAAGUAUGUGCUAGACAUGAAUAUGUGGAGUAAGAUCUAUCCACACAUACCAGAAUGGAGUGUCUCAUCCUGGUCUAGGAGUGGUAUGUUUUGAAUAAACUAACUAUUCAGUUUCUUGUGAUUGAUACUUAGUGCUAUGUAUUUGUGGGAGUACAGAAUGUUGUGCAUCUAGUUGUUUCACGUUAAUAUGUGUGCUUUUUUUGGUUAGAACAAAAAUUAUAUUCGGAUCCGUUUCUUCUUCAGGUUGGAAGAAUGCACAAGUAGCACAGCAGCUUCAAGAGAGGGAGCGCAAGAUUAAAAAUCAUUUGGAUAUUGCAGCAAAAGGUAACGGGGAUGUUGCAUGGCAGAGGAACCUAGAAUAACAGUCAAAAGCUAGGACAUAUAGAUGAAUUGAUUUUCCAUUUGUAAUUAAGUAUUGCAGUUAUCAGGAUCUUUACAGUUUUAGUUUAACAUAAUUUGAUGUAAAAUUGAUGAUAUCAUAAAACAGGCAGAGCAUUCAUCUAGUUCCAUACUUUCUCCUAUAGGACCCCUCAGACCAACUUUCUCACAAAAUCCUCUGCAACAACAAGAAACCGCUGUGUCUCCAAAAAAAAACAAAUCCAAACCAUGGCAGGAUACAAUUGGAUAAAUGAAGUCAUCAGACCACCCUCUAUUCAACCAAUAUGCAGACCUGCUUCCCAAAUACAUUCUGCACAAUUUUAUGGACUUAAAGAGUGUAAAUCAGUUUGAGCUUGGACCGGAGGAUGGAAUAAACAGUGGAUUGUGUGACAGACGUGGUUGUUCUCCGUUUACCGCCAUUACAAAAACAAUUAAGCAAACCCCUUUAUAUCACGAUGGCCUGUUCUCUAUCAUAGAAGGAAUAAAAUAUAAAUUCUGAUGUAUUUCUCAUAGAAAAGCAGUUAUUCCAUACACUUUAUUUCUUUGAAAUGGUUUAUCAAACAAAACUUUAACUUUUACAGCAAAUAACUUACACUUCUAUAGUGGAAGCAACAACGAUUACUUACUCAUUCUUCAUGCUUUUCUUCUGAAUCUACUGCUGAAGAGUAUUCACAUAUGAACCUUGUGUGCUUCAAUCAUGUAAUAUUGCAGCUCAACAGAACUGUGCUAAGAUUGAAGAGAUCUCAGCAGUGAAAAUAGUGGUCCACUUACACUCACAUUUAUUAAUGCAUAAAUGCAGGUCUUAAUACCCCCCAUGCUGAUUUCACUUGCAUUGUUAGUGAAAAUUGAUUACGUAAUGGUUUUCUGAAAAUAUCCCAAAGGGCUUUGUUUAUUCACUGUUUGGAUUAUUAAACAUUGUCUGUGGGGUUUUUAGUCUUCAAAAUCCAGGCAUUGGAUAUACGAUUUAUCUUCUUGUAUGUUUUUAAAGAAGAGCUUUUGAAUAAAUGUGAAUGUAAUCUGUAUUUCACCCUGUUCAGAUGCAACAGAACAGGUGAAAUCCAGAAUUGAACAGUGCUCAUUUCUGAGCAGUACACAAAUGCUCAUAAUCCUAAAAUAAUGUUUGUCGUUCAUAGGAUUCACAUGUAAGAAUUACUCGUGUUUAAAGCGGACACUAGAUGGUACCUUGUAAGAGUUAAUUUAUUUCAAAUAACCGGAUUUUUCUUUAGUAAAUAUGAGAAUUGUGAGUACAGCUGCAUUUAUUUUAAUCUUGAGCGUAUUUGGUCCUUGGUGAGUUAAGUGUUUUUUUUUUUCUCGUUUUCAUACAGCCACCAUAUAGGCCAAUUAUUCCUUUUAUUACUGGUAUUUAUAAAGUGUCCAAAUAAUCCUCAACUUUAUUCAAGUGCGGAAAAUAGUACAGUAUAGAUAAACAAAAAAUAAAUAGUGGACCAUGCCCCAGAGAUGAGAUCUAGCUUUUACAUCCCUUUUAUACAAAUUACUAAACUAGGUUGCUUGAGAGCUUACAAUCUAAUUUUUAGAGUUUAAUGUGUAAACUUUAUACAAGAGGGAGCUGGGGAAAAUUUGAAGAUAAUGGAGAGGCAGCUUUACAACAUUUGCUUAGACUUCUGCAAUUGAUGAGGUAAUUGAGAGAUUCAGGGAAAAACCAUUCUAUUAAAGAAGCAGAGGGGUGGGUGGGUCAGUGUCUAGGGAAAUGGAGCUUAUUGCUUGAAAACAGUUUGCUUAAAAUCACGACGCAUAUCUAGAUUGGGGACAGACAACCUUUAAAAAAGUAUUUCCUAUCCCUACAGAAUAUAUUGUCAAUGAACUGGGAAAUAGGCCAUCCAGUUUGUAAUACAGGACUUUUUACACGUGUAUAAUAAAAGUGUAAAAUAUGUAAUAGUAUUGACCCAUUUCCUGUCAAAGAGGGACAGCAUGAAUUAUUACUUGCAUAUAUUUUGUAACUUGUAUCAUUACAGUUUUGCUACUUACAAUGGGGGGAUACCAGGGCACUCUCGGAAUCCAAACUGUAGUGGUUAUGGUGCUUGACAUGUUCCUUUACUGAAAAAUGUUUUGCUUCCUAGUGGCCCAUUGUGAAGGAGGGAGUGAUGUGCCAACCUUUAUAGCAUUGUUAUUGCUAUUACCAAGUUUCAGGUUAUUGAGCAAAUUGCCUAUGUAGAAAGGUGUGUGUUUGUAUUCUUGCAAAUAAGAUACUUUGAACCCAAAUUAUGAAUAUUUUAUAAUACUAUGACUGUUUAUCACUCUCAUUUGGAUUUGUACUUUUGAACCCAGUUCUAUUGUGAAAACAAGAAGGGAUAUUCCUCUCAUGUAAAGUCAUUUCAAACAUAGACAUUUGAUAGUCUAAGUACCAAAAUAACUUUAGCUUAAUAAAGCGUUUGGUGUAUAGAUCUGCCAUUUAGGAGUUAAAGGAACACUGUAGGCAAAAUUGCUUCACAUCGUAAUGGUCAUUGUGUAUGAUUACAUUGAUAUAUCAAGAACGAAUGCAGUUUAAAUACUUUUUGCUCCAGCACUCCGACUCAGGACCUCCAUUAAAAAAGUUCCCUGUGGCUGGAGUAGACAGCACUGACAUGAUAUUGCCCUUUCCCCCAAACACCAG